GUCCCAUCUCUAGAAACGUAAUGACAAUUGCCUGGCCCUGGCUGUCAAUAGAAAAAACUUACUUAAAACUCGAAAAAGAACAAACUUUGUGGCAUAUUUUGGUUUACGAGAUCAACGCAAUGCUACCGCACCUUAGCACCGACGAGGAGUUUCCUCCCGUGUCGCGGAAAUGGUACAUUAAUCCCAAUUUCCAGAUGACAAUGGCACACCAGGCACUACAAGGUCAAACGGCGUCACAGCCUCUGCCACUGCAGGGAUUCCAGGGCAUUCCCCAGCAACCCCUACCCGCAAUUCAUAUCAAUCCGCAAUUCCUUCAGCGGCAACGUGCCAUGUACGAGCAGCAGCAACAACUACAAGAGCAACAGAAGCUGGAACAGCUCCAACAGGUUUCCGCCUCGUAUUUCCAAGCGAUUCCCGCCGUGCCUUCUGUGAUUAACGUAGCUCCUGUCAAUCCACCGCCACCGCAGGCCAAGAUAAUAAGCAAAUCGAGUACCUGUUUGGUUCGUAAGCCUCCAGUGAAGUCGGUUGGUAAGCCUGUUGCUCCCGUAUCAUUUGUACCUCCUGUUGUUGCUCGCCCUCUCGUCCAGCCUCCCUUGAUUAGCAUUUCAAAGCGUAAAAUAGUUCGUCAAGGAGCUGUCAAGCUUGCGCCCACGGCAAAGCCCAUGACUACUACGCCACGAACUCCACUUCCAGCAAAACGCACCAAAUACAAACUGGUGCGCGCCAUUUCGCUGACCUUCACGCCCCUGUUGAAGAAACGUCGUCCUCUGAAAGAAUUCGUGGGCCAAUACGCCCUGCGACGCACCAAUGAAGCGGACUCACCAAAGAAGUUAAGCUCCAAGCCACAGGUGCUCAAGCGCGGCGUCAACAAGUCCCUCAGCAUGGUCAGCAUACAUGGCGUGAUGUACAAAAAGAUAUCCAAAAACAAGAUAACCAAGCUGGACGCCAACAGAACUGCUCCCAUAACCAAUUCCACGGCUUCUAGGACACUUAACCGGACUGUUUCAGGGAGAACGCUGUUCGUUAGUGGCAAUAAGUUCAUUCUGGAUCCUUCGGGCUGUCGUCUAACGAGAGUUUCGUCCAAAUCGCCUACGGAAGUGGCAGCAGCUGCCCCCAAAAUGAGCAUUAAUCGGACCACAAUGCGACGCAUUGAUAUUGGAGGUUUGACUUAUGUGGCAUCGCCCAAGACCCAGAACGUCUUUAUACGCACCUCGAACCAUUUGUCGCGAGCUCACCUGAUAACCGCCCGACACCGAAGUCUCACACUGCUCAACAAGCCUCUGACAAAGACCAAUGUACCUUGUGCCAUUUUCCAGAAGCUAGGAAAGUGUGCUGCCCACAGUCGCGGAAAGUGUCGCAAGUUGCAUGACAAGCGGCAAGUUGCCAUAUGUCCCAGAUUUCUGCGAGGCGAAUGCACGAAGACUGACUGCCUGCUCUCGCACAAUGUAACGCUGGAGAAGAUGCCAGUUUGUCGGUAUUUCUUGCGUGGCAUUUGUGCUCGGAAAGACUGCCCAUAUCUUCACAAGAAGUUGAACCCCACGACCGAGAUCUGCAUAGACUUUGUUCGCGGCUACUGCCCGCGUGCUGCCGAGUGCAAUAAGCGCCACGAGUUCGCCUGCCCGGAGCUGGAGCGCAAGGGAAAAUGCGAGCUCUCCAACUGCGUUUUCUGCCAGAAGAAACCCAAACAGCGACUGAUAAGGCCUCGCUCGAAGGUGAUACCAAGACCGGUCGCACCUGCAGAGACUCCAAAGGAAGUCGGCAUAAAGGUAGACCAACCCACCAGUUCGCGGUACUUCAAGUGUGAUGAACCAUCAUCGAAAGGUGCUGAAGGGAAGAUUGAGGAGCUGGAGGAUGAAAAAGAGGAGAUGGAAGAGCUGCAAGAAGAGGAGGAUACAGCUUCGGAACAAGCUAUCAGUAUACGAAAACGUCCCCAACUAGGUACUCUUCCAGCGUUCAUUCCUCUUGGAAACGAAGAAGAAUAGUAAACAAAUGGUAGACGACUUGGACCCAACGUUUCAGGUACAAAUAUAUUUGGUUAAGUAU